AUGGGGGCUCCAUCUGACGCCGUCAGUUCACCGCCUGAUGCCGGAAAACUGCUCCUUGUAGACGAAGAUGUUACUGCUACGCACGAGACGCAACCGGGAAUAAGGUGCCAAGUGCCGUUUAAACAAGCCUCAAACAGGAUGAGCGCGUCCUGCGUUGAGGCCACAUACCCACUGAAUGAGGGCUCUAUCACAGUGGAUGCGGUCUCACGUACCAUAAUGGAUGAAGAGGAUGGCCAAGGUGGAGGUAAGCGUGAGCCAUAUCGGGCUAAGGAUUGCGGCAGCUAG